GGGGUCCGUGAAAGCACGAGCGCUGCCAUGAGCUUCCCCACUAACCGCUCCACUCUCACUCCGUAUAACCUCGGCUAACGCUCCCCUCAGAAGCAAACUCUGGAUACCGCUCCGCUUCCCGCUGUGUGCACCAUGGCGUCCAAAUCCCACCCUCCUCUAAUGAAGAAGCACAGCCAGACGGACUUGAUAAGCCGCCUGAAGAGCCGGAAGAUCCUUGGAGUUGGUGGCGAAGAUGAUGAUGGCGAAGUUCACCGCUCAAAGAUCAGUCAGAUGCUGGGAAAUGAGAUGAAGUUUGCAGUGCGAGAGCCUGUCGGGCUGAGGAUGUGGAUACUCAUCUCUGCUGUGGGAUUCACAGUAAUGGCUGUGAUGGCUCUGGUGUUUCCCAACCAGCUCUAUGAGCUCGUUUUUGAGGAGGAGCUCUCCACGACAAGCAUCUCUGUACGCCUUUAUGGAGCAGCGUUACUCAGCCUGGCACUCAUUAUGUGGAAUGGUCUCUACACAGCAGAAAAGGUCAUCAUCCAGUGGACUCUCCUCAGUGAAGCCUGCUUCUUUGCUGUCCAGUUUCUAGUGACGUCCAUCACCUUAGUGGAGAUCGGCAUCCUGCCCAACGCUGCCAUGCUCCUGCUCCUCAGUCGGGUGCUUUUCUGUGUUGUCGCCAUGGCCUACUACUACCACCUGGGCCGUAAGCCAAAAAAGAUCUGAGGCCGAGCAGCUGAAACUUCAGGGAGAGGACGUUUGAGCACAGAUCACAAACAUGGGGGUCAAGAAGGUUUGGAUUUUAAUUAGACUGGGGCUUGGUGCAUUGCUUUCAUAGUAAAUGCCCCCUGCCCCCCUUCUAUGGGAUCUAGCCUAACAUAACCCCCCAGUAUUUAACAGAUGAGCACAGUGUUGCAUUGCUGACUGUACAACCAGAACAGGAAACCUCAUAACGACUCCAAAUGGGCCAGGAGAUUGCGCCUCACCUGACACACAUUCCUUCUUUGUGUAGUUUUGAGUGGUCGUCCCACAGAGCAGAACUUAGCAGUACAUAGUGCGUUUAUAUGUGUGUUGCAAGACCAACAAUGCCUGCCUGUAUUAUUCAUACACAACAUGGUUUCCAGACUUAGUUUUUAGUGCUUUUGUCUGGUAAUAAUGUAUCCUAUUUCCUCAGUCAUGCUCAAGACUUUGUGCUAUGAUUUGUACUUAAUUUGACACCAUGGUUGUGAGCCCACACUGCAUAUCUGCUGAAGUGAAAUCUGGAGGUCUCUGGCAGCUUUAUACUGAUGGAAAAACUAUUAGCUGUCCAUAUGUGGAUGAGAUCAAAUAAAUGCUGGACGGCUGACAGAAAAGAUUUUCCUUCAAUAGCUUUCUUAGUAAGCACAAGGAAGAAACGUAUUUUCCAAAUCGUAACUUUUAUACUGCACCCCCAAGAAAUUAAUUUGUAGUUGAGCAUUUUGACUACACACCUUAAAGAAAAUACUGAUGGUGCACCUGUGAGGUGACAUUUACAAGGCAGUGUUUGGUUGUCUGCGCACCGAGUCAGUCUGAGUUUUACUGCAAAUUUUGUCAAGCAUGUUGCCGUGCAGGAUCAACGCACCUUAGCUGUUGUCCUCAAGUGAUGUAGCACAGAAAGUUAUUUUGUUUUUCUAUUUUAGCCAUGCACCACAUUCUUAGUCUUGCCUUAAAACAACUUAAAACACAGUCAUCACCACCUCAUCCUACUCAUUGUAUAUAUGUAAAUAAAAAUGUUUAAUAUUACGUGGUGUUCUUGUGAACCAAACAGGGAACUUGUUCAGUAUUAGUUCAUGAUUAUUAAAGGUUGAUCCUUCUCUGUAAUGUGUCUUCUUUUGUACCUAUUUAAAUGACACUGUGUUUUGACAUCAGUCGUGGUAGAUUUUUUUUUCCACCAAAAAAAUUUGGCUCAACCUUGGAAGCAUUUUGUGACCAACUGGAGAGCAGAAAUAUCAGAAAUUGUGACCACAAAUGAAUGCAGCAACCAAAAAGGAGUUUGUAAAACCAUUAUAAAGUUUUAGUUUUAGAGCAGUCAAGCUGUGAUCGUUGUACCUGUCAGACAGUAAACAUCGACAAACCCUUUUGUGCAAAUAACUGGAAGCAUUAUGUUUGGUUAGGAAUAAGGAACAUGCUGCAUGUCUUCAAAGGUUGUCCAUCGUGUUGGAAAUGACCACACAGAAUCCUGCCCCAGAUGGGAGAGGUCCUGUGGUCAGAGUGACUUCGGCUGAAGGAAAAACGGGCACGUUUUCAGCUCAGACACAGAGUUUGAAACAUGGGUGAGGUCUCAUGUAUCCCUAAAAAGUAGUAAUUAUCUUUUUUUUUACAGUGUUUAAUUAGACGAGAGCCUCCACAGUAACAUUGUGUGUCUCAGCCUACGUUGUUGCUCUCUGCUGACUUGCAUAAUAAUUACGGAGUUAGAAGAUAAAAAAAGAGCCGCUCCAUUUCUGUCAAAGCUGCAGGGCCUCAAAUGAUCAGCUCGUGAAAUGUUUAAAGGUCUGCAGGGCAGGGUUUUUGGAGUGAGAGGCAAUUUUGCAGAGAAUCUCAGUGGAAAGGAAGCAAAGAGGCUCUUUCAUCAUCCUGACUUGUAAAUCCUAGAGACUAUUACAGUAGUACCUAGUCUUUUUGAAAUUUGAAAGUAGGUCUAAAACUGUUUUGUUAGGUUCUUCAUCCCCUCGUUUAGCAGAUACCGUUGAUUGGCAUACCUUGUCAACCUGUUUCAAGUUGUAGCAAUGUGUUUUUUCUGUAUAUAUGUGGUAAAUUGUACAAGGACAAAUAAAUUGUGAUGAAUUUCCAUUUCCAUAUUGUUUUGAAAUAAAAACUGUUUAUUAUUUGAAGACUUAAAAA